CACCUGGGAAGUCUCUGUCGCACGAUCUGGUGACGUCGAACUAAUGCGUCCAAGAGGAAAGUCAGGAACCAACUUCGCCAACUAGCAGGUUUUGAGCCUUGUGCUGGCAAUGGGGGACAUGAAGACCCCAGACUUUGACGAUUUGCUAGCAGCUUUUGACAUUCCUGACAUCGAUGCCAAAGAAGCCAUUCAAUCCAGUCCAGACGACGAGCGGGAUGAGGUGGGAACUAAUGCAGAGGAGAGAGAGAGCGGGUCUCCUUCCUGCUUUUCCCACCCUCCUGCCUCACAUAGUGAACCUCCUGUGGUCAGUGUUAUUGUGAAGAACACAGUACGGUCCGAGUCUUUUGAAGAGGAGGAGAAGUCUGUCAGGGAAAGAACAGACAAUCCCUCAAACAGUGGCUUAAACUUUCAGGUUCAGGUCAAGGUUGGGGACAUCACCUCACAGCUUGGCCUCAAAAAGUCUGCUGAAGCCCCUGUGGAGCCCCAGGCUGCCAAUGGCUUUGAAGCAUCUGUCCCCAGGGAUCAAGGACAGUCCACCACAGAGCCAUGGCUCACUCAUUCCCCAUUGAGGUCUACACUGAAUUCGAAUGAGGGUGAAAGUGAUACAAAAGCUGAGGUUGGAUCGGUUCAGCACAAGACUGAUGUCAUGAACAGUUUGAAGCCCCUCCUCUUCUCCCAGUCUUCGACUAGUGCUGGUCCUAACUCCUCAACUCCUCCCUACCCACACUUAGUCAGCCCUCCGCACUCUCCUCAAAAGGAGGAAAUGAGUAAAUCAUCAUCCUCUCCUUUACCACAAAACGGUGGUAUUAAGGCUACAAUUAGACAUGUUAUGCAGUCAGAUGAUGAUGACUCAGAGCCAGAUUUAGGAAGUCCACUUGUGAUCCAGGAGAGCCCAGAAUCUGUCAUGUCCUCCCCCCCAAAAUUUAGACACAGAGCAAGACUACGGUCUGAGGCCAUUGGGUCUCCUGAUACUGCUGCCUGUCUUGUUUCACAUCCUCGCCCGCCACCUUCUCUUGCCCCUGCAAAUCCUAAACCCCAACACAAGGGGAAGGGUAAACCUACCACUCACCAAUCUCCCUCCACCGCUCCUCAACUGCAGAGCCUCCCCUCUCUCACCUCUAGCUCUGCAUCAGUCCAAGAGGAGACAUACCCAGAGCAUGUGAUCGAUGAUAGGGACUCACCUGAGAGCCCACCGCCCAGUGAGAUGGGUCUGGUUGUCUCCAAGAAAAGCAGCAGUUCUGAAUCGGCCAUAACCGCAGAGAACCACAAGGACUCCAGUCUCCAAGAGGAGCUCAUGGAAACUGAGUGCAGAGAAGAGGACAGGCAGGGUGACACUGAGGGGCAGAGUGACAAGAUGGCUGGAGAUGAAGACAAUUUAAAUGAGGAGAGCUGUGGUGCUGGCACUGAGGAUCCUGUGUCUGUGUGUGCUUCAGAAACAGUUUCAUCUCCAUCGCGUCCCCUCAAAGUUAAAAUCAAAAUGCCUAAAGGCAGCAUCACAAGGACCGUGACUGGUGUUACCCCUAAAAGAAGGGGAAGAGCAACCACCAAGAAUGUGAACAGUUCAAAACCUUCGCCAGAACCUAAAAACACAAGAUCUAAGAAGGAGUUAUCACAGCAACCUCAGUUGCCUGCGAUGACGAUGCUGCAGAAUGCCUGUGCCGCAACGCUGGAAGGUGCCCGUCUGGUCAAAGACAAAACCGUGCUGGACACCAAGCCUAAACUUUCUUCAACAGCUGUGAGCAUCACUAAAGCUUCCACCCUGCCCUCCAUCUCUGUCUCCACUCCCAGAGUCAGCCCGGGUGGGAUCAACCCUCGCAGCCUGGGUCAGAAAACCCCCAACAGUGGGAUGACACUUUCUUCACCUUCACCUCUGCUUACGCCCCAAAGUAGCAGCAGACCAGCCUCCAUAGUAAACAGCACUGGGGCGAUCAUUUCCAAAACUCAGACCAACCUGGUGGAAGCUUUCAACAAGAUCCUCAACAACAAGAACCUGCUGCCCAGUUAUAAACCAGAUCUGAGCUCGCCUCUUCCUGCAGAGUGGGGCCUUCCUCUUCCUGCACAGGGUUACCGCUGUUUGGAGUGUGGAGAUGCCUUUGCCCUGGAGCAGAGUUUAGCGCGGCACUACGACCGGCGCUCGCUGAGGAUCGAGGUGACCUGUAAUCACUGUGCCAAGCGGCUAGCCUUCUACAACAAGUGCAGCCUGCUUUUCCACGCCAGAGAGCACAAGGAGAAAGGCCUGAUCAUGCAGUGUUCACACCUGGUGAUGAAACCCGUUCCUGUGGAGCAGAUGAUUGGCCAGCAGGAACCCACAGCUGGGCCGUCACCAUUAAAAGGCCAGGCCACUCCAAACACAAAACCCCAGCCACAUCAAACGGUAUCCAAGAAGAAAGCAGAGGCAUUGCAGUUCAUCAGUAAUAAAUGUCCUGAGUGCCAGGCUCAGUUUAGCAGCAAAGAAGAGGUGGCCGAGCAUUUCCAAGAAAUCAAACCAGCACAAACCUCUCCUUGCACAGAGUGUUCUCCUCCCAUGCUGCUGCCCAACAGCUGCAGCGCCGCGGCUCAUCAGCGCAUCCACCAAGGCUGCCCCCCCCACGUCUGCCCUGACUGUGGGGGCACGGCCAAGCAGCCGCUGUUUCAAACACACCUUGAUGAGAUCUGUUUACAUUUUGCACGCCGCAUCGGAUACAGAUGUUCCAGUUGCCUGGUGGUGUUUGGAGGACUCAACUCAGUGAAGGCUCACAUCCAACAGGCUCAUUGUGAUAUGUUCCACAAAUGCCCCAGCUGUCCCAUGGCUUUCAAAUCUGAGCCCAGCACACAAAACCACAUCAACGCCCAACAUCCAACCCUCACCGAAGGACAGACCAUGUCAAUCUAUAAAUGUGUCAUGUGUGACACAGUUUUCACCAACAAGUCCCUGCUUUACGUCCAUUUUGACACGCAUUUAACCAAUCAGAAGGUCCAUGUGUUUAAAUGCCCUGAGUGCACCAAGCUGUUUUCUCAGAGGAAAUCCCUUCUGGACCAUUACAAGACUCAUAACACUCCACCAUUAAAACAAGAGCUGCCUUCACCUCCAGCCCCCUCCUCUUGUUCCCGGCCGUCAGUGAAGAUGGAGAGCUCAGAUGGAGAGGAAUGGAUGGAUGAAGAUAAAGAAGAGACAGCAGAAAAGAUGAAGACCCCCACAGGAUGGAAGUGUGCGCCUUGCCAUUCCCGCUUCACCGACCGGCAAGACUACAUUUCCCAUAUGGCUGAGCAACAUAGCAAGAAUCUGAAGAAGUUUCCUUGCAACAAGUGUGAGAGCUCCUUCACCACCACCUCCAGCAUGAGACGACACCUCAGAGACAAACACAAAGCCGGGAGUCGUAGCUUUUGCUGCAAGUUUUGUGUUGAGAGUAAGAAAACCUUCAGCAGCAGAGCGUUGUUGGAGAGGCAUGUUCAGCUGAGACACAGAGCGGAGCCCGGCAGCCAGGACACACUGAUGGGGGGCACAGAUGAGGCGGACAGUUCCUCAGAGCAGGAGGGCAGUGUGGGGGCCGGCCGCAGAGCGAGGGGAGCUGUGAGGAUGGAGCAGGACGAAGAGUCCACAGAUGGGGUGACUCCAGUGAAGAAGUCGCGGUCGUCCUCCUCUGCUCCGGCCCCCUACUCCCACCCCGAGUCUGGAUUCCGCUGCGCCCCCUGCGGCUUCACCACGGCGGACCAGGCUGUGUUCCUGCAGCACAUUAGCAAGCACCGGCGAGGGGGGGCGGAGGGGGGAGGGGGCAGUCAGCAGUGUUUACAGUGUGGCGCCUGCUUCACAUCCCUCUCCUCCCUGUCGCGCCACCGCUUCAUCUCCCACAAAGUGAGAGAAGCUGAGCAACAGUCCCUCGGUGCCCACCCAGCCCCCUCCCCAGGUAACAGCAGGAGCCACGAUGAUAAGAGCUCCCUGGAUGGUUCUGCCCCAGCGUCCCCCUCCUCUCAAUCCUCCAACGCUCUGGGGAGGGAGGAGGAGGGCACGCUGGCCUGUAGGGUUUGCGGCAAACAUUUUGAAAAGGCAACGGAUCUGAAUACUCAUUUCAGAACUCACGGUAUGGCUUUUAUCAACGCAAGGAACUCUGGAAAAACUCCGUAAGACGGCAAAUAUGUGAGGAAGAGCAUUGUGGGUAUGUGAUCGCAAGUGCCUUAAUUACUGUCAUCGACACUCACUUUUGCACUAACCAAAGAACAGUGGUAGAACUGAGGCUGUCCUCUGUAUGUGAACAGUUUGUAAAACAAUCACGUGUGAUUUUCACUGGUGGAGAUUCAACUCUACUUGUGACUCUCAGGAUCUAAUGCUGCAUUUGUGUGUUCAUCAAUGAUACUGCUCGCAUGAAAGCCUCUUCCUGGUCCGUAAACAGGUAGUCUGACUGCUGUGACCGCAUCACAUAAUAAUGUGCCAGCGAUGGCUGUUUUAUUUAAUGUUGAUGGACAGCAAUUGAAUGUGUCUGUCAUGAUGUCAAUGGUUCUCAUCCUCUUGAGGAGACAUUUCAAACCUGUGUAAUUCUCUGUGAAGUCCUUUUCACUAACUUUUAAAGAAUCUUGGCAGCAGUUUAGUGUCUGUUAACUCGGUUACAAUUAAUGUUUAUAUUCUCUCAUUGCCAGCCAUUUUCAGAAACAUACAUGUUAGUUUGUUUGUUGGUUCCCACCUCUAAACGGAGCCAUUAGCUUCCAUACAUUUCUGUGUAUAUGAAAACUAAAUUACAGGGACUUGCUUAAAGUAGUUAACCCAUCAUAUUUCCUUUUUGAGUUUCUUUACGUAUAGUGUUUCCUUGCUGAGCUGCAAUAGAGGGACACUAACACAAAGAGGAAAUAUUGUUGAAUUACUAUAUUUUGAAGUGGAAUUUACUAUUAAACAUUUAACUAUUAACAUUAAAGGAGGUAUUCCUUCUCUGUGAGCAACAGUUGGAAGUAAAAUAAUGUAUGUUAGCAUUUGGUUGUGGGACGUGUGUGUCUAAAUGUAGUUUUAUGAGAUUACUGUAAACAAAAGAUCCGAUGUGUGUCAUUAUGUUUAUUCCUUGUGUUUUGCAAAGAAAUGUUGAACGUGAAGAUCAUACCCAUUUUUAUUUGUAUUUAGUCUUUCGCACUGCAAAAAGAGAAAUCAUUGUUUUGUUUCUUAAAGAAUUACCCCUUCAAUGUUCUGCAGCCUUCAGUGACCUGUUUGCUUGUGUUUACUUCCUCAGGAGACUAUCCAAUGCUUGUACACCCCAUGUUGCAUUUAAUGUUUUUGCAUUGAUCCAACUAUUUUUAACCAAGUGUUUAUAAAAAAAAUAAAAAAAUGUCACAUGA